CGGACGCGAGCAGUCGCGACGCCAUUUGCUGCGGCUCAGUCGGCGAAGGCGGUUCUCAGAAGGCGUCCGUCGCUAGACUCCCGCAGACGCGACCCGGUCUCUCGCAGCCGGUUCGUGUCACCCUAUCUCACGCGUCUCCCUUCGAAGGAGUCGCCGCCGCCACUCGGAGAGAAGUCGGAGACGCCUCAAGUGCGUCGUCAGCGCCAUGCCUAAGAAUAAAGGUAAAGGAGGUAAAAACAGACGCAGAGGCAAGAAUGAGAAUGAAUCUGAAAAGAGAGAGCUGGUGUUCAAAGAAGACGGACAAGAGUAUGCCCAAGUAAUCAAAAUGUUGGGAAACGGACGACUGGAAGCUAUGUGCUUCGAUGGUGUUAAAAGAUUGUGUCACAUCAGAGGGAAACUGAGAAAGAAGGUCUGGAUUAAUACCUCAGACAUUAUAUUGGUUGGUCUACGGGACUACCAGGAUAAUAAAGCUGAUGUGAUUCUAAAAUACAAUGCAGAUGAGGCUAGAAGUCUGAAGGCGUAUGGCGAGCUUCCAGAACAUGCUAAAAUCAAUGAAACUGAUACAUUCGGUCCUGGAGAUGAUGAUGAGAUCCAGUUUGAUGACAUCGGAGAUGAUGAUGAAGACAUUGAUGAUAUCUAAAGCGGCGGACUCAGCCUUGCACAUUCCAGUUUUCUCUGAAGAUUGUUCAACAGUUUGGAUUUUGACUGUGACUCGUUAAAUAAAAGUUCAUGAGCAUUGCAA